UAGUACAUUUCGCCGAUAGCACAUCUUAUCAAUGAGUCCAAAACUGAUAAGGAAACAACUCGCCCAUCGAAGGGAACACUACUCUCUAGAGUUUUAGUUUAUUUCUACUCAUUUCGGGGUUAAGUUCGCGAUAGUUUCGGCAUUUUCAAGUAUUAUUUACGAAAAAUGCGACGGAUUUCCUACUGGCUGCGUCCCAGGGUGACGCAUAUUGCCUUUCUGGUGUUUCUGGUCUAUAUAUUCCUUCUCGUCGGCUAUAAAUUGCUACAAAAUGAACGUCUGCGUGAGGACUUGGCCAAGACACAGCGCCAUCUCGUCUUUGAGAAGCCAAAUCCCCACUGGGACUACACCAAUAGUUGGCGCAGGAUUGGAAAUGCUUCCCUCCGGCACGAGAUCUACUCGGCGUACUUUGACGUCAGGACGGAUAUUAUAGGAAGUGUUCGCCUGGAUGAAGAACAAAUAACCAUAGGAUCCUUGAGAAUCUUUGCCGUAUUGCCGGAGCGGCUGCGGGACUACUCCGUGAGUUGCAUUGUGCGCUUUGCGGACUUUACCAGCCUGGAGAUCCUGGCCGAGGAGGCGGGAGCCAUGCACGAGGUUCACAACAACACCUUCGCGGCGUGGAGCAUCAUGUGCCCCCUGCACGCCUCCCGUCGGGAUCCCCUUCGGUUGCCCCAGGCUGUGGCCUUGACCUACUCCUCCAAUAGGUUGAGCCACCUCAGUCCCACCUUUGUGCAGAUCAGUUACCCCCGCAACAUGACGAAUCUGUUUGCCAAAUCCCGUCCCGCCAUCUCCGUUUGUGUGGGUCCUGUCCAGGACAACUACUCCAAUGUGCUGCGCCUGGUGGAGUUCGUGGAGAUGUACCGGCUGCAGGGCGCCAGCCACUUCUACUUCUACUAUGUGCAGGCCAGCGAGGAGGUGCGUCGAGUCCUGGAGUACUACCAGCGCGAGGGACUGGCCGACGUGUUCGAGUGGAAUGUGGGUGCCCACCUCCAGGAUCUGCACUACGCCGGCAUUGUGGCGCAGUUCAACGAUUGCGUCUACCGGGCGAGCAUCGUGGACAACUUCCGGUAUGCGGCAGUGGUGGACCUGGACGAGGUGAUGAUGCCGCUGAAGCACAACUCCCUGGCGGACUAUCUGCGCCAGUGCGACGAGGGUCGCACCGCCGGCUUCGUCUUCCGGAACGUCUUCUUCCACCGACGGGACAGCAACGACACCUUCAACGCCCCCGCCCACGUCCUCAACCGCCUGCUCUACACCCAGUCAAAGGUGAAGCGCACUCUGGAGGUCCUGCCCGCCCACGUUCGCAGCAAGGUCAUCGUCAACGCCCGGGCCAUUGUCGAGAUGGGCAAUCACCAGGUCUACCGUUCCGCACCCGGCUACGCGGACCACGUGGUCCAUCCGACGGUGGGGCUGUUGUUCCACUACCGCGACAAGUGCAUCAACUGCAAAAUGGUUCUGAUCGUGGACUACACGGCCCGGAGAUUCGGUUCGCUGCUCUUCGACCGAGUGGACAACACGUGCCUGGAGGUCUUCAUGGAUCGCCGGGGCAUCUGCGAGCUGGCGUAGC